AUGUCGGUCCUUCACCUACGGUCUUUCUUCUUUGCUAUCUGUAUCCUCUUGACAGUGAACGUGUCUACCGCCAUCUUGGUCAACCGCACUAUUGACGACCAGGCCGGCGACGCCGUCACAGGACUCGUUCCUCAGUACUCUCCCGCAUCCGCCUGGAGUCAAGGCUCAACAUGUCCGACCUGUCUGGUGAAGCUCGACCCAUCACAGACGUUCGACAGUACUUGGCAUGAUGGCUUGUGCGACCUCGACGGCACGGGUCCCUGCACGGCGACCAUACAGUUCACCGGCACUGCGGUGUACGUGUACAACGUGCUCGCAAACAGGGUUUCUGACACGGCCUCGCCGCCAACGAACUUGACCUUCUGGCUGGAUGGGACGCAAGUGGGCACGUUUGUGCACACCUCUACUACGAGCACGGCCUUCAACUACAAUGCGCUCACUUUCUCUAGUACCGCGCUGGAGAACGUGGCGCAUACACUCGUGAUGCGAUCCACCACGGAUCUCCCGUCAAUGAUCCUAUUCGAUUACGUGGUGUACACC